AUGGUGAGCCCGGAGCGCGUGAGCCCCGCCGCCCCGCCCUCGGCCCCGCCCCUGAUCCCACCCCUUCGGCCGAGCGCGGACAACUCCCACUCUGAUUGGCCACCGCUCCUUCAUUAUGCAAAUCGCUUGCGUAGCCUCGGCGGCCAGCUGUCUGACGUCACCGGCGGGCUGCGCCCGGGUCCCGCCGUGCCCACGAAGGACCACGACGCCAUCAAGCUGUUCGUGGGGCAGAUCCCGCGGGGCCUGGACGAGCAGGACCUCAAGCCGCUCUUCGAGGAGUUCGGCCGCAUCUACGAGCUGACGGUGCUGAAGGACCGGCUCACCGGCCUCCACAAAGGCUGUGCCUUCCUCACCUACUGCGCCAGGGACUCUGCUCUCAAGGCCCAGAGUGCACUGCACGAACAGAAGACCCUGCCAGGGAUGAAUCGUCCGAUCCAAGUGAAGCCAGCUGCCAGUGAGGGCCGAGGAGAGGACAGGAAGCUGUUCGUGGGGAUGCUGGGCAAGCAGCAGGGCGAGGAGGACGUCAGGCGCCUGUUCCAGCCCUUUGGCCACAUCGAGGAGUGCACAGUCCUGCGGAGCCCCGAUGGGGCCAGCAAAGGCUGCGCCUUCGUUAAGUUCGGGAGUCAAGGCGAGGCCCAGGCAGCCAUCCAAGGCCUGCACGGCAGCCGGACCAUGGCGGGCGCCUCGUCCAGCCUGGUGGUGAAGCUGGCCGACACCGACCGGGAGCGAGCGCUGCGGCGGAUGCAGCAGAUGGCGGGGCAGCUGGGGGCCUUCCAGCCGGCGCCGCUGCCGCUGGGCGCCUGCGGGGCCUACACCACCGCGGUAGCCGGCUCCUCGCCUGGAGGCGGUCCUGGCACACUCCCCGGCCUGCCAGCGUCCAUCGGGGUCAACGGAUUCGGUCCCCUGACCCCCCAGACCAACGGGCAGCCGGGCUCCGACUCGCUCUACAAUAACGGGCUCUCUCCUUACCCAGGGAGCGCCCCGGGGUCACUGCCCUCUCUCCUUCUGUCUCCAGCAGCUUACCAGUCGACCUACGCACCAGUGAGCACAGCUUUUGCCCAGCAGCCUUCAGCCUCGCCCCAGCAACAAAGAGAAGGCCCGGAAGGCUGUAAUCUCUUCAUCUAUCACCUGCCUCAGGAGUUUGGCGAUGCAGAACUCAUACAGACAUUCCUGCCUUUUGGAGCUGUUGUCUCUGCCAAAGUCUUUGUGGAUCGAGCCACUAACCAGAGCAAGUGUUUUGGAUUCGUUAGUUUUGACAAUCCAACCAGUGCCCAGACUGCUAUUCAAGCCAUGAAUGGCUUUCAGAUUGGUAUGAAGAGGCUCAAGGUCCAGCUAAAGAGGCCUAAGGAUGCCAACCGGCCUUACUGA